AGUGCGGCCCUCUUGGCUGUAAUCCGGCCCGCGUGUCUGCUUGGAGGCUACCGGGUAGGGUCCAGGAGAGGAAUCGGCCAAGAUGGGUUGUGCGUCUCCAACCUUAGCACAGCUAUUAGGUGGGGGAUGGGGGAGAAAUAACGGUAUCUAGUGUGGAGGUUGUGGCUUGAACUCUUCCCGCGCGAGACCCCCAUCGCCAUUCCGAAACGGGACCCUGCCCCUCCCCCUUACUGGAACGUGACCUCCUCUUCCUCGCCGGAGGCCUGUGGCGACUGUGUCCGUUGGGACAGAACCAUGGAGGAAAAGCCUUUCAAAGCGUUGGCCACGUCUUCAAUGAAGUCGAACCCGCAGGACGACAUCCGGAGUCUGUGGACCACGGCCACACUGUCGCAGCCGAAGCUGAACGUGCAGCUGUCCAAUGUCUACAGGGAUUCCGAACUGGAGGGCAGCAGCGUAGGCAGCAAGACUCGCGGGUGGUACAACCAGAAGGCGGGCCACGACUCCGACGGCGGCUGGGAAGAAUGGGAUGACAGAGAUGACAACGUCAGCUUCAAACAAGAGGAGCCUGACGACCACACCUUGUUGGGGCUGGAGCUGCACCCAGGCAGCUCCUUUGGCAGCCAUUUAGAAGAGGAGGAUGAUCCUAGCACCCAGAUAGAAAUAAUUUCCUCAAUGCCAUCACUCAGUGUCUUGAAGCAUACAUCCCAUGGAGCCUACUGGGCGGAGCAGCAGACCAGGCUGCCGCUGCCCCUGAUAGAACUCAUGGAAAAUGAAGCUCUGGAAAUCCUCACCAAAGCCCGCCAGAGUUACCGGUCAGGGAUCGGCAGGAAUCACUUCCUGACCAAGCAGCUGCAGCGGUACAUCGAGGGUCUCAAGAGGCGCCGGAACAAGAGGCUGAACGUCUCUGAGUACUGAAAACACCGCCUCAGGCUCGAGUGACUGCCCGACUCUAGCCCCGUUUCCUUUCCUGCCCCCAGACCCAAGCACGACCCUGUCCACGUGGAGUGUGAACCCUAGAGAAAUAAAAGAGUCUGUGCAUGGUC